ACAGAUGGAGGCCUCCAGAAUGACGACUGGGCCCUCAACAUGGAGAUCUGUGACAUCAUAAAUGAGACCGAUGAAGGACCCAAAGAUGCCAUGAGAGCGCUGAAGAAACGACUCAGCGGCAACAGGAAUUACAGAGAAGUCAUGCUGGCGCUAACGGUCGUGGAGACAUGUGUGAAGAACUGCGGCCACAGGUUUCAUGUGCAGGUCGCCAACAGAGACUUCAUUGAUGGUGUUUUGGUCAAAAUUAUCUCCCCUAAAGCGAAUCCUCCAACAAUUGUGCAAGAUAAAGUGCUGUCGCUCAUACAGGCUUGGGCUGAUGCCUUCCGAAGUAGUCCUGAUCUUACUGGUGUGGUCCACGUCUAUGAGGAACUGAAGAGGAAGGGCAUGGAGUUCCCCAUGGCAGAUUUAGAUGCACUAUCCCCCAUCCACACACCCCAGCGGGGCACGCCUGAAAUUGACCCCGCCAUGAUCAAGUACCUGGCCCCUGCAAACACUGCUGCAUCUCCCAGACCUGCCACAAACUCACCUGCCAGGCAGGUCUCUCCACAUGGACCCAUCACAGCAACUCCAGAACAGGUGGCUCGAUUGCGUAGCGAAUUGGACAUAGUGAGGGGCAACAUUAAAGUCUUGUCAGAGAUGCUCACCGAGUUGGUUCCAGGCCAGGAGGAUGGAUCUGACCUAGAACUACUCCAGGAGCUGCACAGGACAUGCAGAGCAAUGCAACAGCGAGUGGUUGAGCUGAUCUCGCGUGUGUCCAACGAGGAAGUGACCGAGGAAUUGCUCCACGUCAACGAUGACCUCAACAACAUAUUCCUCCGUUACGAGAGGUAUGAGAGGUACAGGUCUAGCGCUCAGAAAAAAGGGAUUGUAGGUGACAGCACAGAUGACAACCUGAUAGAUUUGGGUCCCGGUUCCCCUGCAGUGGUUACACCCGGUCCACCAACUCAAAGCACCGCGGGAGCUGCGGCCUCCCCAGCCCGGAAGGCCGCAGCGGCCUCGCUGUCCUCUGCAAUGGCCAGUCUUGAUGUCAAGCCUACGACCCUACCCAGUCAAAAACAGGACGACUUCGACAUGUUUGCCCAGACUCGUAGCAGCUCUCUGGCUGAGCAGCGCAAAAAUGUCAAGUACGAAGACCCUCAGGCUAUAGGAGGUCUGGCUUCAGCAUUGGAUGUCAGACAGCACAACACGGGAAUGCUGAGGUUAGAAGGGGAUGAUAACCCAGCAGAUCAGGAGCUGCCCAUAGACAGCUGGCUUAUCACGCAAGGAAUGAUCCCAGUAUCGCAGUCCUCUGUCAUGGAUGACAUAGAGGAGUGGCUCUGUGCUGAUGUGAAAGGUGAUCCUCCAGAUGAAGGCGUCACCAGUGAAGAGUUUGAUAAAUUCCUGGAGGAGCGAGCAAAGACUUCAGACACAUCUCCCCCUGAGGACAACCCAGCUCAUCCUGCCCGCGCUCCCGUCGGUUCUCACAAGAAACAAGAACGGACGGAAGACGCCCUCUUUGCCUUGUAG